GGACUACCAGGGGUGACAGAAGCAGGUUCGGUGGUGGCACGUAAAAGACAUUUCGGGCCCGGACCCUUCGUCAGGACGGAGAAUGAUUAUUCAUUUCCAUAGAUAAUGCCUGACCUGCUGAGUUCCUGUGUGGCACAGAGAUUUAGUUUGACUUGGCAUCGCGUUCGGCGUUGCAACUGCGGGAUUAAAGGCCUGUUCCUGUGCUGUGCCGUGCCGAUCUACGAGUCGGUUACGCGGAGGGGGCUAGGAUGAGACUUCAUCAAUAUCGGAAUAAACACUAUUCACAGUAAAAGAAUAAACCGUGAACUGGCUUUUCAUUUCUGCAGCCACAGUCAACGCAGUCAGUAGUGUUCUAUUACAUUCCUUGAAGCCUACAGCAGUGGCGCCUCUCAUGUGGCUCCCUACCACAAUAAUGGAGGGGCUUCCUCGCCCCACUUGGCCCCUCCCUCUCCGGUAGGAGAAGAACCCUUCACUGUGGCCCUUCCCCACCGAGUCCUUGCGGUGGCUGUACCGGUCGUCAGCGUUCCUCCACGGUCCUCUCAGUAUGCGGGCGGACCAAACGGGAACGCCACGCUGCAGCUACAGGCCGGACGUGGAGAACUGAGGCUACGCCACAGGUUGAAGGACCACUAUUCUGCUGGAGCAGCUGUAUCCCCACGGUGUGCUGUACCCCUGUGGGAGGAUGGCAGACGACCAACUGGAAACAAGUUCCCCCCGGAGCUCUGCAUUUUUGCCUGUGUUGGAUUCACAAACGAGUCACCUUCUGCAUUCAGAGCAGCAGAAAGUCAACGAAGCAGCGUUUAAACUGGACAAGUUGACUCAGGAGUUGGACUCGAUGUGGUUGUCACAAGGCGGCCCCACGUCCCAGGAAGCAGUCCAGACCCCUGUGAAAGAUGCUCUGGUGACUGCAGCCGAUCCCUUUGGAGUUUCCACCUCGAAUAAGUUGGGGCCUCAGAGCCAGCCAGGAUCCAUCACAGGCGUGACGAGGAGCUCUUCGAAACAACCAUCGCAAGUGUACACACCACUGACCUGUGAACGAGUGUCCUCUCCCUAUGGCUAUGAUCCACUGAUUUUACCAAAGCAAGACCAGCGAUCUCAGUCAGAUCGAGCCUCUUUCCCCCACCCGACGUUGGGACCGCAGACAUCGUAUUCCUUAUCAGACUGGCAAUCACAGCCAGAUCGAGCCCCUUCUCCUCGUGGUUUUAACCUCAUUGAUCCAUAUUCCAAACCGGACCAGCAAUCACAGUUAGAUCGAGCCCCUUCUCCCCGACCAAUGUUGGGAUCGCAGACACAAUAUUCCCAACCGGACUGGCAAGCACCGUCAGAUCGAGCCCCUUCUCCUCGUGGUUUCAACCUCAUUGAUCCAUAUUCCAAACCAGAGUGGCGAUCACAGUCAGAUCGAGCCCCUUCCCCCCGACCAACGUUGGGAUCGCAAACACAAUAUUCCCAACCGGACUGGCAAUCACCGUCAGAUCGAGCCCCUUCUCCUCGUGGUUUCAACCUCAUUGAUCCAUAUUCCAAACCGGAGUGGCGAUCACAGUCAGAUCAAGCCCCUUCCCCCCGACCAACGUUGGGAUCGCAGACACAAUAUUCCCAACCGGACUGGCAAUCACCGUCAGAUCGAGCCCCUUCUCCUCGUGGUUUCAACCUCAUUGAUCCAUAUUCCAAACCGGAGUGGCGAUCACCGUCAGAUCGAGCCCCUUCCUCCCGACCAACGUUGGGAUCGCAGACACAAUAUUCCCAACUGGACUGGCGACCUCAGUCAGAUGGUGCCCCAUCUCCUCGUGGUUUUAACUCCCUGACUCCUUUGGAAAAGCCUGGCUUCCACUCAUACCACGGCCAGUCUCCUGUCUGCGAGCCACAGUCUUUUAGCAGCAGUGGAGUCUCCCAGUCCCCAGGCAACUUCAGCCCAAGCCUGUCACCCUUUUCAGGCCCCGCCGGUUCUCCGGAACACUUCCAUGGGUUCAGUCCUCGAGAGAAUGUCCCUUUACCUUACUCUAGCAAGCCGAAUUUUGACACGGAGGACUCCUCUCUCACAGCAAGGACAAAGCCUGAAUUUACCCCUGCACUUGGAGCCUUCAGUACUGACCCAGGUAAAGGUGACAACUUGAAACCCAAGAAACCGGCCAGCGUGUGGGCUGAGGCGGACCUGGAUGUUGCUUACGAGAAGAAGCCUUCAAAGACACCAACCCAAGAAAGCAAGCGGGAUUCGAAUUGGAACACAACAAAACAGGGAGGAACCUGGAGGCAGACGGACCUUGAUUUAGCAGUACCUCGAUCAAAUAAGGCUGCCAAAGGCCAGAGCAAUGCCAAUACCAUUCAGUUGUACGGGACCCUCCCCAAGAAUGGCCAGGCCCUCACUGUCUCCCCCUGGUGGAUGCAGGCGACACAUUCGAAGCAAAGGAGAGCCAACUCCUCCUGGAACAGCCCGCCGAUGCCUGGUCACAGCAUGGGCCUGUUCAGCGUCGCUCCAGGAAGCCCCCGGUCUUCGGCCAUCAAGGAACGCCGGAACGUCCUGCCCCUGUCCGUCUUCAUCCGGCCGACCAUCGUGAGUAACUGGGAUCAUGAGGUGGCUCCGGGCUGGCCCCGGAUGGGGCCCCCUGUCUCCUCAGACCCGAGGAGCCCAGCGCAGCCCCAGCAAGGUCAAGAAGUGGCUUCCCCCAUGGACAUGAGCGAGGUUGAAAAGGAGAUAGCCAGCAUCCUCCCGGCAGGCGAAGGGGAGUGUGAGGAAGGAGCCCCCCCUCGACCGCUCAGCCCCACCCGCCUCCAGCCCAUGCUGCUGCCGGGAGCCGAGGGGGUGGGCAACAAGGAGGAGCUGCUGAAGAUCCGGGCGACCAUCCCGCGGGCCCUGAAGAAGCGGUCGUCCAUCGAUCAGCCGCCAGAGGAGCGGCUGCCCCUGGAGCGGCACACCCACCAGUACCAGGAGCUGACUCGGAUAUUCCGUCGCCGCUCCCAGAGGAAGCAGCAGGAGGGGGCCGACGAGUACCCGCACACCUUGCCUGUCUGCACGCCGGAGGAUGUCAGCGACAUCACCGUCACCAGCACCACCACCCCAGCGGCUUCUCCGGUGAAACGUACCAUCCUGAAGAAAGAAGGCAGGCCAUCGAUAAGUAAGAAAAUGCGUGCACGUCUGAGCCCACUGGUGGUGUUGCUGGACGCAGCGCUGUUGGGGGAGCUCGAUGUGGUACAACGCAUAGUGCACGAGAUUGACGACCCAAGCCAAUCAAACGACGAAGGCAUCACGGCACUCCACAACGCCGUGUGCGGCGGCCACUACAACGUUGUUGAGUUCCUUGUCAACUUUGGAGUCAACGUCAACGUGUCUGACAGUCACGGAUGGACACCUCUUCACUGUGCAGCCUCGUGCAAUGACCUGUCCAUCUGCACGUUGCUGGUGAGGAAGGGAGCUGCCAUCUUCUCCAUGACGCUGAACGACGGGGCAACGGCAGCGGAUAAGUGCGAUGCCUAUCUAGAUGGUUACGAGGAAUGCUACAGAUUCCUUUUCAGUGCUGAGCAGCAGGCGGGAAUGGUGAAUAGUGCGGUUCUCUACGCCCUGUGGGACUACGAGGCAGAGAACGCAGACGAGCUGUCGUUCCGGGAGGGCGAGGCCAUCACCAUCCUGCAGCGUGGCAACAAGGACGAGACCUACUGGUGGUGGGCGUCCCUGUACGGCCGAGAGGGUUACGUCCCCUACAACCUGCUUGGGUUGUUUCCGAGAGUGCGGCCGACUGCCUAGGGAGACGAGAGCCGGGCGGCGUCUAUGACUGACCGGAGGUGUAGCCUCGGACUGCCCGGUGGGUUGCUGGCCAUGGACAGCACCUCCAACUGGAGCCGCUUCACCUGCACUUGGGCGAUCCAACACCACACGGCGCUCCUCUUCCCGAAGUAUUCCCAACGCGAAGAAUAUCCCACCACAAAAACACGUGCCUGUCAGGUACCAUUUGGAAUCGGAACUACUCCUGGGAGACGACACCUUACCUUGUCCUGCAAUGAAUUCACCAUGCAUCCUGUCCUGCACCUUCAGGGUUCUCCGUGUACUCGCCCGAAAUCAGUGGAGAUGGUGAAUUGGACCUUUCCGGGAAGGGCAACAGGCCUCUCAGCUGCUUCCCUCGGCAUAACCGGCAGCAAAGAAGGUGACAGGAACUAACUGCCAGCUCCACCAUGUUACAAAAUGCAAACUCUUCAGUUAAACCUACUUUUUAUAAGCUGAUAAAAUCGAUCUGGAAUUUGGUGUGGACCACCAGAAGAUCUAGAUCCAGAUCCCAUGUGCAUUCCGAGUCUUUAUGCUUCAACAUUUCUAAGUCUUAUUAAAGUAUUAUCUGUAUUCAUGUGGAAUCUUGCUGUGUGUGUGUGUGUGUGUGUGUGUGUAAAUGAUCCACUUUGGACCUGCCCCGCCAGGCAACUCUGUCUGAUGCAGAGCUGUGAUUGAAUGGGAUGGCAGGAUAACCUCUCGGGACCAAAUAGUUGACUUUGUCUCCAAGGUGUCCUUGACCGGCUGCUGGUUGCCAGGGUGAGUGGAAACCUGCCCUUGUUGAAGGUACACUGUCACUCAUUACUGGAGAUGGGUCAGUUGCUUGAAUGACUUAACCCAAGCUGUCUUUACUCAGGAAGUGUGUGAUGGGAUGAUGUGGAGGGAGCUUCACUCUGUAUCCAUCCCCAUCCCUGUUCCUGGAGUUUGUGAUGGGACAGUGUGGAGGGAGUUUCACUCUGUAUCCAUCCCUGUCUCUGUCCAUGGAGUGUGUGAUGGGAUGAUGUGGAGGGAGCUUCACUCUGUAUCCAUCCCCAUCCCUGUUCCUGGAGUUUGUGAUGGGACAGUGUGGAGGGAG